AUGAAACACGAUGAUCCUGUAUUUCCGAUGCCGACAGACUACAAGAGCUUCAUGCAGAAGUCAGCAGAGUACCAGCUCACUCUUCUCAAGCUGCUCAUCCUGGCAGAGAAGCUGUGCUGGGACGACCUCUUCAACGCAGCCAUGAACGCCUUCAUCGACGGCGAGGACAAGGUCAUGAACCGUGCCCACAUCCCUGAUUACUUGAUCGAGAUGGCCUACGAGCAGUGCCACGACAAGUCACCCGUUCGGCGUCUCAUAGUCGACAUGGUGCACUCCGUGGCCAAGACGAGCCACACGCACUGGCGCUAUUCGGGCCUUGUCCAGAAGUACAAUGACUUCCUGGUGGACCUCUUCAAGCGGCUUGAUUAUCAGCCGGGUGACAGCCCGUUCCCGGAGGCUCUCAACCCAUUGAAGACAUUUAAGUGUAAAUACCACAUGCACGGGGAACGGGAGGAGAUUGCUUGCUUCGGCCAGCAUGGUUGA